AUGUCCACCUCUGAAAUUUCAUCAUCUUCGCCAAAUUCAUUGCCUGAGGUUUCGGUUUCAGUUUCUACACAGAAAAUUCAAUUGGUGUCCAAAUCAGUUUCGGAAAGAUUACUUUUCAAGUUUUCGGAUGUUUCAGAAUUCGACUUUGAUUAUUCACGAAGUGGGCUAUGGUCUCCUCCAAUUAAAAGAAACGUGUUUAUGAACUCGCCGGGACAGAUUUUCACUGAGCACGACAUGGCGGCCAAGUUAAGAAUUGCAUUGGAAACGCAGCAUCCUCGGAGAAGGGGAUCUCGCCUUUCUUCUUCUUUUAAUGCAUGCUUGUGUUCUCCAAAGAGAUGCUGA